AUGCAGUAUAUUUCCUUAUCAAACCACAAAUCUGAGUUUCUAUCUAGCAUCACGUCCGAAAAAAAAAAUUUAAAGAUGUGGUGCAGACUUGGACUUUCUCAGACAUCUGCAACAACUCGUUAUCAAAGCUUUAAGAUCAGCUUCAGAUCAGAAACCAUGAGGGCAUCUUCUUUGUGUCUGGUGUUCGGGCUGGUCCUGCUGAUGGCCCGGACUUCUGAGGCUCAGCUUGCUCCUGCUGUUCCUGAGACGUGUUGCUUCAGUUUUAUCGACUUUCAAAUUCCAACCCCAAAAAUUGUGAGUGCUCUGAAGACAGGUUCACAUUGCCCUUCCCCUGGCAUUGUGGUUACGACACCUAGAACCGAAUUUUGUGUGAAACCAGACGAGGCUUGGAUAAAGACAUAUAUGGAGAAGAUUUCAGUUUAAGAAAUAAAAACACAAUACAUUAUACAGAAAAUAAUACUGUUACUGCUUUAUACAACUGUCCUUUCUUAAGAAAUUCAUUUUUGCAUCUCCUGAAACUGAAUUAAACUCUUUUCAUUGCUAACACUUUACAAUAAAGUUCAUUAGUUAACAUUAGUUAGCUACUUUAGUUAACAUGAACUAAGAAUGAACAAUACCUCUACAGCAUUUAUUAAUCUUAGUUAAUGUUAAUUUCAACAUUUAUGUAACCUUUUUGUAAAGUGAUACCUUUUCAUUUAGCACUUAAUCUAUGCAAAUAAAUAUUACAAUGCAAUGAGA